UCAGCUCCACGCCUUCUUGUGAUUCCUUUGCGUGCUUUGGGGAAAGCUUCAAGUUGCACUGAAACUCACGCCUUCAGCGCUUAUGAUGAAUCGCUCCAGGGCUUGAGGGAAGAGAAACUUACUUAUUUUUGCUGAUUGGCGCAGUUUGGAAGGUAAGGCUCCAUGUCGUCUGAAAUUAAGCUGGAGUCAAUUGUCUGCAAGAAUGGAGACGAACCAGCAUUAAACCACUUGGAUGGCGAUGGAUCGUUUAGUCAUAGAAAGAAUGAGGUCCACAAGAUACAAGAUGAUUUUCGUAGUCAUAGAGACUGGUCAAUUAGUGAUUCACCAACAACAGCAGAGCGUAGAGCAGCAGCAAGUCACAGAUUUGUCUUUGAAUCAGUUGUUAUUCAAUGUUUCUGUGUUUAUACGCUGGAAUGGUUUUUCAAAGGGAACCGUGCAGCGUUAGGUGAAAUUGCUAACCUUCUCUUCAAUGGAAAUGAGAAACAGGUGCAUGGAUUUGGAAGAAAAUCUGGACCUCUAGUAGCAGGGACUGCUUAUUGCCUUUCUUCUUGCAGCAUGAUCUUACUGAACAAAAUUGUCCUAUCAAGCUAUGCUUUCAGUGCUGGAAUUUCACUUAUGUUUUACCAGAAUUUUAUCAGUUCUCUUGUUGUUGUUGUUUUGGGUCUCUGUGGAGCUGUUUCAGUGGAAAAGCUAAAUUGGAAACUUAUUAAAGUCUGGAUUCCUGUUAACUUAAUAUUCAUUGGAAUGCUUGUAUCAGGCAUGUACAGUCUGAAAUACAUAAAUAUUGCAAUGGUGACAAUUCUGAAGAAUGUGACAAAUAUUUUAACAGCAAUUGGAGAAUUUUAUCUUUUCCGGAAGCGUCAGAAUCACAAAGUGUGGACUGCGAUGUUUCUUAUGAUAACAUCUGCCAUAAGUGGAGGAAUAACAGAUCUCUCAUUUGAUGCCACGGGUUAUGCGUGGCAAACUUUGAACUGCAUUUUAACUGCAAGUUACUCGCUCACUUUGCGACGAGUUAUGGACAGAGCUAAGCAAUUGACAGAAUCUGGAUCACUUAAUGAAGUUUCAAUGGUGUUACUAAACAAUUCAUUAUCUUUACCAUUUGCAGUCUUGUUGAUUCUCGUGUUCAAUGAAUGGGAUUAUGUAAUUAAUGCGAAUGUAAUAAGGAUGCCAAUGUUUUGGGUUGUUGCGACAGCUAGUGGGCUGCUUGGACUUGCUAUCAGCUUCAGCUCUAUGUGGUUUUUAAAUCAAACUAGUCCUACGACUUACAGUCUGGUUGGUUCCUUAAACAAGAUUCCUAUUUCUAUCGCUGGAAUCAUAGUUUUCAGGGUUCCUGUCAAUUUUCCCAAUUUCUUCAGCAUACUAUUUGGUUUAUUUGCUGGAAUAUUUUUUGCCAGGGCAAAGAUGUCGUAAUACUUAACAGGCCAAAGGGAAGAUGAAAACUCCUGGGAGAGUAUAUAGAGUUUCCCAUAAUCAAACAAAAAGUUGGAGUUAUUGUCCCAAAAAAAAAAAAUCAAAUUAUAACUGAGAGAUGAGCAAAUGCAACGCCUCAAUAUAUAGCAAAGCUAAUUUAUUACUCUAGAAGCACUAGGCAACUUAGAAAAUUUUUUUUUCCAGGGCGGAAUUUAGAAAGAAAGCUGUUCUCGUAAUCAUCAGUUUACUA